UCCCGGAAGAGACAGCCAAGAGUGGGCCAUUCUCUUUAGUGUUUGCCUUGUAUGCCUUUUCCCCACCUCUUCACUACCAACAUUUUGAUCCAAAAUCACACGGGAAACCCUACACAAUUGGAGCAAAACCAAACCAAUACAACAUUUAAGCAACGUAUCCAAUGGAGUAACUAAGAACUGGACAGAAGGAUAACGAGGCAGGGCUUUGCAGUCACUCACCUCAAAGUCAAACAAACCUUAAACGUCUAUCGCUGCUGCACUGAAGAGUUCCCACCUCGAACCUACCUACUGCCUGACUCCACCAAACCCAACUGGCCAGUAUGUCCCAGCUCCAGUUCCAGUGUCCGGGUAACCUUAUGUCGAGCGAUGCUGCCAGCCCCAUGCAGCAGCUGUCUCAACACCAGCCAGGGUACAGUAUCCCCUGUGCCUCUGGCCCCCUACCCUCCGAGAGCGCCAGUCACCCGCUCCUGAGCUCAGCCCUGCCCUCGGGCUCAGCCACUCCCUUCAGCCCCGCCUCCACAGUAUCUAACAUGGCAAACCCUAAAGAGAAGACCCCCAUGUGUCUGGUGAAUGAGUUAGCCCGUUUCAAUAAGAUCCAGCCUGAGUAUAAGCUGCUCUGUGAGCAAGGACCAGCUCAUUCCAAGAUCUUCUCAGUGCGGUUAUCGCUGGGGGAUCAGCACUGGGAGGCAGAGGGGACCAGUAUAAAGAAGGCCCAGCACUCUGCAGCUGCCACAGCCUUGGCCCAGACCACACUGCCCAAACCUAGCAUGAAGAACAACCCCCGCAACAACACAGUAGAUUGCAUGACACACACGGUGGAGCUGAAUGCCCUCUGUAUGAAGCUAGGGAUGAAGCCCAUGUACAAGCCCAUAGACCCCUACCCUGGGAUGAGACCAUCCAGCUUCAACUACAACAUCAGGGCCCCAGGGCCUUACCAACGCUCCAUGCAACAGUACUACUACCCGUUUCCCCCGGUGGGGCCAGUGCUGUACCACAUGGAGCUGAACAUCGGGGGCCAACAGUUCCAUGGGAAGGGGCGCACGCGGCAGCUCGCCAAACACGACGCCGCCGCCAAGGCACUGAAGACUCUGCAGAAAGAGCCCAUACUGCUGCAGCAGCUGCCUGAGACUAAUGGAGAAGACACAGAGAACUUCAAUAAAUCAGAAAUCAGCCAGGUGUUUGAGAUCGCACUGAAGAGGAACAUGCCUGUCAACUUUGAGGUUCUGAAGGAGGCAGGUCCGCCUCACAUGAAGAGCUUCAUGGUGCGUGUGGCGGUGGGGGAGUUCUGUGGUGAGGGCGAGGGCAAGAGUAAGAAGAUGGCUAAGAAGCUGGCAGCUACAGCUGUGCUGGAGGAACUGAGGAGACUGCCCCAGCUGCCCCCCAGCGUGGAGAAGAUUCAGCCAGCACGCAUCAAGAAGAAAACCAAGUCCAUCGUUAAGCUGCAGACCAGUCCAGAGUAUGGGCAGGGCAUGAACCCCAUUAGCAGACUGGCUCAGAUCCAGCAGGCUAAGAAAGAGAAGGAGCCAGAGUACAGCAUGUUAACAGAGAGGGGGCUGCCCAGACGCAGGGAGUUUGUCAUGCAGGUGACGGUGUGUGGCCAGUGUGCGGAGGGCUUGGGCCCCAGUAAGAAGGUAGCCAAGAGGAACGCAGCAGAGAAGAUGCUGGAGCUUCUAGGUUUCAAAGUGCCUCAGCCUCAGCCCCACAAACCUGCGCUCAAAAUGGACGAAAAGGUCCCGCAGAAGAAAAAUGGAGACGGGAGGAAAGUGACCUUCUUUGAGCCGGGCUCUGUGGAGGAGAGCCAGUCGCUGGGCUCCAAGGCAGAGGACUACCGCCAGCCCUACCUCAGCCACCAGCAGCUCCCAGCAGGUAUCCUGCCCAUGGUGGCAGAGGUGGCCCAGGCUAUAGGGGCCAGCCCCAGUCAGGGGCACCAGAACAAGGGCUACGGCCCCCGGACCAACCCAGCCAAGGCCACCCUGACGGCCAUGAUCGCCAACGAGCUGCUGUACGCUGGUACUUCCCUGACCGCCGAUACCAUCCUGAAGAGUCAGAACGGUAUGGCUCAUCUAGUACCUCAUGGACCCCUGACCAGAACCUCCGAACAGCUCAGCUACCUAGCCAACGUACAAGGCCUGCAGGUGGAUUACAAAGACUUCCCCAAAAACAACAAGAAUGAAUUUGUGUCGCUGAUUAACUGCUCCUCCCAGCCGCCUCUUAUCAGCCACGGCAUUGGCAAGGACGUGGAGUCCUGUCACGACAUGGCAGCCUUGAAUAUCCUGAAGUUACUGUCAGAGCUGGACCAGCACCAGCACCAGCAGCAGACCAAUGAAAGGACAGGGAGCAGACCAACCUCUGGGUGUGGCAAACAGGACAUGGACGGCAGCGACUCUCUCCUUAUCAAACAGGCUAACUCAAGCACCUUGGGACAACAGACUCUGGAUGGCACUGUGUAGGCAGAUGCACACCAUUGGUUGUUUGAAAGAAGCACUAAAAGAAAACUCUGACACUGUGUUCUGAUAGGCUGUUUUAGAAUUAUACAGGAAGCUCAGGGCAACUGUAGGCUCUAAAGCAUCACUAGUGUUUAUAUUAUAUUAAAUGUUCCAAAAUGUUCACAGUUAAACAAGAUUGAUAGAAUAAAAAGUACGUUUAUUUCCUCCUC